CAUUUGAGCCUUUCGAGAACAAAGCCAUAUAAGCAAGAGCGCGAAGAGAAAGAAUAGAAACAAGAAGGAAGGCGAAGGAGCAUAACAACGACAAUGGCACAGGAAGUAGAGAGCGUCUUAGCGGUGGUUGGGUCAAAAGCAACAGAAGAGGAGAAUGAUGGGGUCGUUGGCGGUGGUGGUAGUGGUGUUGAAGAACCUGAGGAGAGAGAGGUCGUAGGCGAUGAUCUAGCUUUUGAGAAGUCCUCGACGACGGCCAUGUAUCAACCUCACCCCUUGGAGUACUCAUGGACUUUCUGGUUCGACAAUCCUUCCUCCAAAUCCAAGCAAGCUGCUUGGGGUGCCUCCAUUCGCCCCAUUCACACCUUCGCCACCGUCGAGGAGUUCUGGAGUGUUUAUAACAAUAUAGUCCAUCCAAGCAAGUUAGCUGUGGGAGCGGAUUUCUAUUGCUUCAAGUACAAAAUUGAGCCAAAGUGGGAGGAUCCUGUUUGUUCUAAUGGAGGGAAGUGGACCAUAAGCUUUCCUAGAGGAAAGUCAGAUACUUGGUGGUUAUAUACGUUGCUGGCAAUGAUUGGGGAACAAUUUGAGCAUGGUGAAGAAAUUUGUGGAGCAGUUAUUAAUGUUAGAGCAAAGCAGGAGAAGAUAUCUUUAUGGACCAAGAAUGCUUCAAAUGAUACUGCUCAGUUGAGCAUUGGGAGGCAGUGGAAGGAGUGUCUUGAUUACAAUGACACUAUAGGCUUCAUAUUUCAUGAAGAUGCAAAGAAGUUUGAUAGAUUUGCCAAAAAUCGCUAUUCCAUAUGAACUGGCGUCCUUGUACACUGACAAAACCAAGUUGAAACAGAAGGGUUCUCCCAUGGCUGCAGAUCAGCAGAAUCAGAGACCUUUAUCAUUCUUUUCUAUUGGACUUUUGCUAGAAAUCAUUUCAUUUGUAGUGAAAAAGAUGAUCAAUAACCCCCGGGCAUAUUGUUCAUUUGUUUGUUUGAUAUGGGGAUUGACUUUGAAGUUUUGCCUCGUCAGCCAUUUCACUUAAGUCGCUUGUUACAGUUGGCUUUUUUCCAAAAUGAAAUUAUUUCUUCUAA